CAGGGCUGUGUGUUGGCCAAAGUAGCUGGAUGACUGAUGAGACCCUUCCCAAGCCCUUCCUCAAUGCCUGGCCCAGCUGGAUAAUGCCUCCCAAGAGCAAUGUGACACUGCAAUGCCACACUUCCACCAAGAACGUCAACUUUGUUCUCAGAAAGGGAAGAAGUAUCUUAGAGUCCUUGCAAUCACUGGCUUCCACAGAGGGCGUGGCUGAAUUUCACCUCAAUGACCUAAAAACCCGUAACGCUGGACCGUACACCUGCAAAUACUAUAGACGAGAGCUCCCACAAAUAAGUUCACAGCCCAGUGACAUCCUCCUCCUGCUGGUGACAGGAGAGUUCCCUAAACCUUCCCUCCAAGCCCCCCAAAGAGGUGUGGUGACCGCAGGAGAAACCGUGACCCUGCAGUGUCAAAGGCCAGACAAUAUUUUCAUGCCUAUAAAGUUCGCUCUGCUGAAGGCGGGAGCAGCAGAGCCCAUACGGGUCCAGGAUCCAGCAGGGAAGGAGACAGACUUCUCCCUCAGGAGUGUGACAGUCAGUGAUGCCGGGAACUACAGCUGCGUGUACUUCCAGAUAGGGGCCCCUUUCUUGACCUCACAGCCUAGCAAUUUUCUGGAGAUCCAGGUGAGAGGUAGGUUUUGCAUGAUUCUUAGGACAUUUUAAAGUUUUAAUUAAUUGAUUAGUUUCUUUUUAUUUUGGCUAUUUUAUUUGUUUUCUCUGGUUCUGUUGACCUAUAUUGACUCAUCACAUUGUAUCUGUUUCAGGUGUGCAACAUACAUAUAUUUUUUAACUGGAGAGCAUUUCUUCUGUUAUUUUCCAAUUCCUGUUUCUCCU